GACAAAUCGAAGCAGAGGUUUCACUACAACCUUGACAGGUCGUUCGUUGGCCAGUGCCGACAUGGUCAUGCUGGUGGGGAUGAUGUCGAAGGCUCCUGCCUUGGAUGCCAAGGUUAGCGCGUAUGAUUCCGUCAUGCCGUCAUCUCGGCUUCGGUCGCCCAGUUGGUCGUCCGACAAUCCGUACCAAGCGAUGUUCUACAUGUUGUGCUGGUACACAUUUUCCACCAGCGCCACAUUCAUCAACAAGACACUGAUCAAAGAGCACGGCAUGUCCGCGGAGCUUCUGACAGUGUGCCACUUGGUCAUGGGCACAAUCUUCGACGCGGCCAUCUUUGCUGUGCCUGCCACGUCCAAGUACAAGAUGUGGUUCCUCCAGCCCAUGAAGCUAUCCUCGCUGCUGCGGUUGCUGCCGCUGAGUGUGCUGGCCAUCGCGUCCAAACUGCUCACGUAUUGGAGCUAUAGCAGAGUGCCCGUGGCCGUUACACACACGUGCAAAGCGUCGACGCCGCUCUUCAACGUCAUGCUGGCCUUCGUCGUGUAUCGUACCAGCCACGCCACGCCCAUCUACGUGUCGCUCGUGCCCAUCGUGGUCGGCGUGGCCAUGGCGUCCCUGUCCGAAGUCCAAAUCAACGAAGUCGCGACCGCCGGAUUGAUAUGUGCUGUGGCCUCGUCUAUGAGUGGCGUCAUGCAGAGCAUGUAUGCCAAGUACCUGCUGCGGCACGGGGUGAUUGUUGACAGCGUCAAUGUACGGAUCAUGCUUCCCUCCACUUUCACCCUUGCUACAAUGCUGCGUAGCUGCACUUCUACAGCGGCCUGCUGUGCAUCCUUGUCAACAGCCCCGUGCUCAUGUGGAACCAAGCGAUGCUUCCGGACCAGUACGAAUCAGCAAUGUUCUUCAUCUAUUCCCAUGAAAUAAGGAAUGUCAUCUUUCUCCCUAGAAUCCCAUACACGUUGAUCUUUGUGUGCAGCAUCUGCCAAUUCGUGUCGAGCUUGGCGUCGAUCUUGGUAAUGUGCCUUCGAUCGAUGUGGUGCUGCCACGUCAUACACGUGUGUGUGGUUUGUAUGCGUAGCUACUGGGCCACGUGGCAGAACUCACGUACUCGAUCAUGAGCACGUUGAAGCGCGUGGUGAUUGUCGUGAGCGCGGUCGUGUACUUUGGAAAUGCCAUGACGCUGACGUCGGGCGUGGGGAUGGCGGUCGCGGUAAGAUCUUCGUCGUAUCCUCACGCUAAGAGUCGCAUGUUCGUAGCUGGGAGGGGUGGGUAUGUACCAGCAUGCAAAGCUCACGCAGACCAAGGCCAUGGGGCACUCGCCCCACUCGCUGUAAUCCCUUGUAACUCGAAUCGAUGGGAUCCAAUUUAAGCUUGUACCAACUAUACAAUACAAAGAUUAGUAGUAUGUCUGGGCCGAA